AUUUUAUUCAACGUAUUCACUUAUAUAUAUAUAUAUAUAUAGAUAUAUAUAUUACUACUACUACUACUACUAUUAUUAUUAUUAUUGAAUAUCUCUCUCUUUCAAAAUGAUGAGCUUUGAAGAUAUCGUUGAUAUGGAUUGUCGGUCUUCUUCACCUUUACAACAACAAACUACAUCUACUACUGAUUCUACUUCUUCAUCUUGUACCAAUGACUCUUCUGCAUCAACUAAUUCAACCAGCUUAGAUGAACAACCAUCUUCUACUUCACAUCUUACCGCACAUUUGGCGGAUACAAGUUUAUUUGGUAACAACAACAAUUUACCUGAUACUGUUUCACCUGAAUCCUUGAUGAAGCCUCCUAUGUUAAGUGAUACAUCCAAUACUACUACAAACAAUGUCUUGUCGUCAUCUAACAACAAUAACAACAACAACAACAAAAAUACCUCUUUAUCUGAUUCAACCACUUUAUCUUCCUUAUCAUCAUCACUCAACAAUGUCUCUCCCAUGAAUGAAGAAGAAACAAAAGUGAAAGAUAUCAAGAAAACUAGUGGUGGCUCAUCAAGGCGUGACUCUUUAGUAGAUGAAAUUGGAUCUUUGGAGGCCUAUGCUGAAUCAGAUGGAAUUGAUAUCAAAAAGUUAACACCCAAAGAACGACGACAAUUACGAAACAAGAUCUCUGCUCGCAAUUUCCGAGUACGAAGAAAAGAAUAUAUCACUACUUUGGAACAACAAGUCAGUGACCACAAGAAACAUGCUGAAAACUUGGUGGAACAAUUGGAUAAGAUUGAAAAUGAAAACAAGCAGUUACGUCAACAAGUGGAUUCUUUAAAACGACAAAACCUUUUACUACAACAACAACAACAACUUCAACCUCAAGUUUGCUGAAGCAUGGAAAUUCAAUGUUGUUGAUGGAUGAUUUAUAUUUUCUC